AUGCGUAAGCGCUUCAAACCAACUCUUCCAAACGCACGAAGUGGUCGUCGCACGGACGUAAGUGCCGGUGAAAAUGUUUCUUUCAAUAACUCUUCAUCAUCAGGUACGAGGCUUUCAGAGCAAACGACAGAGGCCAAGGAAGGUAUUUUUUUUUUAAAUGCGUUUUCUAGCAAUAGGUAGGGACAAUGCUUUAAGGAGACACGAAACAACCCUAGAAUAAUAAUGUACUUCAAUUCAAUUCAAUAUUCUAUGAUUAUUGGGCUAUUGCAUUUUAGUAAAAUCCAGCUAGUGGUGUAUUGUCAAUGCUGCGUUCUGAUUGCUUGAGCUACUACUAGGCUUUAUGUUAUAUCCCACUAGUAGCGAAAAGCGUCGGCUUUUUGGCGGCAAAAAAGGAUUAAAGUCUAGCUUUAACUAGCUAAAAUUUUUUUAUUCUCGAUAUUUUUGACCAACUAGUUUGAUUUUACUAAAACAAUUAUUCCUCUCGCCCUCAUAGUCAAUAGCCCAUUCAGCCUUCGGCCUCAUGGGCUAUUGACUCAGAGCCCAUUUGGGCUCAAGGAAUAAUUGUUAAAUAAUAUCCGCACCCCCCACCCGCACCAUGGAAUUCUUCAGGGUUGAAUUGUUAAAAAUUGAGGAUUUCUUUAGGGGUAGAGUAAAAAAAUAUGGAAUUCUUUGGGGUUGAAGCUUUAAUUUUCACGAAAUUCUUCAGGGGUAAGCCCACAUUGGAAGUCUUAACAAAUUAAUAAUAAAUUAAAAAUUUCUAUAGCACUCUUUCCAGAUGUGAUCAAAAGUGCUGUACAAAAAUUUCAUAAUUAUAAAAUUAAAUACAAUAUUGAAAGGAGAAAAAGUAAAAAAUAAAAUUUAAAGGCCAGUGCGGUGCAAUUCAUAGGUGAAUGCAAUUUAGCCAAUCUUCAGGGGUAAGAAGAAAAUGUAAGUCCUCAACCUGGGGCGUACUGAUAUUAAAUGCAAUAGCCCAUUGUUGUACAUGUGUGUGGGGUCUCCAAACUAGCAAGAGCUUACUAGUUGGACACCGGCAUGUUCUAGUAACAGCAAAAAAAGCAACCACAACAACUACUUAAAUUAAAUCAUUGAUAGAUCUAAGCAGAACAGCAGUCAAUCAAGUUUGAUUGAUCAAGAAAUAUUAUUAUCUUCUUACAUGUCAUUUAUGUUGAUCUAUCUUCCUUUUUCUUUCCUCUGCUUAGGGACCGAUCGUUUAUUACAUCCUGGGAGUGGGGGGGGGAGGGUGGUUGGAGGGGGGGUACAAUAAUAAAUUUGCUAAGAGGCUUGAUUUUGGGGGGUCACUUUUAAAAAUGCACAAAAUGUGAGAGGGGUUGAAAUAUUACGACACAGGACUGGCCUUCUAUGAAAAAGUUGUCAAACUACCGGUAUAUUAUGAUUGAAGCAAAAUAUUAAUAGAAGUUUCCUUCAAAAGUAGACAAAAUAAUUUCCUUUGGCAUUUCUUUGUCAGCAACAAAAUGUUAUCCAUAUAAAGCUUGGCCCAGAAACCUAUCAGCUAUUUCUACUACCAGGAAUAUAGCAUGCAUGUGCGCACAUGCGCCUAUGUAUACAGCGGAAAUCUGGGAAAAAAAAUAUAGAUAAUUAUAAAUCCUGAAAACAUUUUUAUCAUUAAAUUGGCAUAAACGUAAGAACUAAAGGAUGUAAGAAGAAUUUAAGAAGAGUUUCGGACAAGAUACUAAUCUUACAAAACGUCUCAGAAAGAGCUUUGGGGAUAAGUAUUGGGAUAAUAAUUUGGGAGUAGUUAUUUAUUUUAUUUGGUUAAUAAUAAUAAUAAUCUUUGUAGAGGAUACUCCCAUCACAUUGAGUGGUUUUCAGGGAGGUCCUCUGACUAAAAUAAUAAUACUUUACAAUCAAUUUUAAAGAUUUAACUUUAAUGCAGGUACAGUUGAUACUGCAACAGAGGCAAUGGUCACAUCCGAACAAGAGCAAGAUGAAACAGCACUUUGUAAAACACCUUCUACACCCUCAAUAUCUGCAGCAGGCUCAUCAAGAAGAUCACGCAUCAAGCCAGCAGUUGUGCCAGUGGCUCGUUCUCGAACAAAUAAUGCCGGCAAAGGUAAAACAACAACUGGGGCUAGACCUGCAGCUGCAGACCAAAAGGAAACAAAUUCGUCAGGUUCAAAAGUCCAUAAAUCAUCCAACAAUGUAGACAAGCCAUCAUUAUCCAGUGAAGAAGGUAGACAGAAAGGUAUUGUAAUAAUGUUUUUCUUUCACUGAAAAAUAUUUUAACGAUAAUGAACUAAGACUGUAAGAUUACAGAAGUUAGUAAGUUGCUUUGGCUGUAAUCUUACCAUCUUCUAUAUCACUGUAAAUAUUAUUUUUUAUACAUCUUUCCAUCUUGUAUACUAUUCUAUGUCAUGCCUGGUCAGACAAUCGUACACCAAUACAGGGGUACUACAUAUGUUAGUCAUUAGUGCAACUCAUUUUAAAUUUAGGGGGUGUUCCUUGGUGUUGUGGAUAUGGACAGCCAUUUGUGCCAAAGUUACGAAUGGCUGGUGUAAAUCUAAAAUCGUUAGUGCAGAAUUACUAAUCGUUGGUGUUAAACUGCAAUCUAAAGUGCAAAAUCACUAAUUGUUGGUGUUAAACUGCAAUCGUUAGUGCAAAAUAACUAAUGUUAGAUAUUAAACUGCAAUCGUCACCGUUAAAGUAUAAAUGGUUUGGGUAUUGUUCAGUGUCUUUUAUAGCCUGUGAGCAAGCUCUUCGGGGCACUCUGGCGGUGUCUUUUCUAUCCGCUGUGAUACAUUAUUUGGUGAUCACACCUGGCCGGUCUGCAACACUAAGAAGCUACCAACUUCAGAGGUGAAUCUGAAAUCUACAACUUUCAAAUAAUCAAUUCCUUGAUGAUGCCCUGUUAGGUUAAAAUUCCAACUAGCAAUAUGGCCUUGAAAUGGCAAUAUCAGCAGCGUGCAAAGAAAGUAGUGUCCAAUAGCCCGGGGCUAGUGGAUUUUGCUAUCAGGCUAGUGAAUUCUGUUCUUAAGGUAUCUGCACCGGCAAAUUCUGCACAUUUUCGGUGAUACACUGACAUCCAGUGUAAGAGUAUUAUCUACAUGUUAGACAACAACAUUGCUUUUUGGUCCAUAAGGAACAAAACUAGUGAAAAAAUUGUAAGGCUACGUCACUCUAAAGGUGUUAUUUUAAUUACUCCCUGGGGGUGGCAUGGAAAGAGAAGAAUUCAAAUUUCACAAAAACCACAACAGUUUGUGGGAAAAAUGAAAUGCAACACAAACAGGGACGUAAAAAGCAACAAUCCUGUGUUUGACCAAGACACAGCUCCGAGAAAUACGCCCUCUAGAGGGCAAUUUGUUGUUUUGUAAUUUGAUCCCUUUUUGGAAGGUUUAUUCAAAAAAGAACACCAGAUAUGCAUAUUACAUCAUCUGAACUUACUGUAGAAAGAUUUUGAGGGCAAAAUAAAAUGUUGAAAAUUUGCCGGUGCAGAUACCUUAACUUGCCCAAUGGGUAAGUGAAGUAUUUUCAGGAAUUCAUCUUACCGAAGAACUGUGAAAUCAAUUCUGCUCAUCAAAAAAUUUGGGGGGCCAGUUGAAAUGACAUUUGGGCUAGUACAAUGCAAUUGCUAGCUUCAGCUUGCCCAAAUGGCAAGCUGUAAAAAUUACUUUCUUUGCACCCUGAUGAGACAAAUGAAAUGGCAACAAAUGACAUAAAGAUGCGUCGAGACUAAAAUGCUGACAAGGACAUGGCUCCCCCUCAGUACAUGAAACAACAGGUUUUGAAAUUUUAGACUUGGGACAUACCUACCCAGCCAAAGAGGGCCUCAUUAAGUGAACCUUGGGCGGUACUCUAGACCUGGCCUAUCUGUAAGUAUGAUAAUUAUUACGGUUUGAUCUUCCACCAGAUUCAACUACUGAGGAAAUCUCAAAGUCACCCUCCCUAAAAGAGAGAAGUCAACAAGCUAACCCCAGAUGUACAACAGUGGUCAGCCCGUCGGUUACAAACUCUGAAGAAAGAUCUCAGCCUGUAGCAGAUCAACCAGUAAUAAAACCGUCACAAUCACAAAAUAAACACACAACCUGUGACAGUGGAAAUGAGAGUGGAGCACCAUCAUCACUGCCACGCCGUAAGCGAGUUUUACCCAACCUGGGAUCAGCUUCAAGGAGGAGACAUUCUUCUGUCUCCAAGGAAAAUGUUGAGAAGAUUGUUGUAGCAAGAUGUGAAGAAAUUUCUACUACUGAAAAAGAUAUUGGGCAUGUCAGUGUAAGUACAUGUAAGGACGACAUUAAAGCACUUUUUUUAAGUUUUGAAUUGAUGGGGUUUUUUUUGUACAUUUGUGCAGUUAUUGUUAUUUAUUUGAAUCUGGAAAUGCACAAACUUUUAUUUCUUUUCUCUUACGCUUUUGUUAUCUGUUUUUAACCAAACAAAGAAAAAGAAAGAAAUAUUUUGUGCACCUGUAUUACUUUGUAAGCUGUAAUUGGGAUAUUUUAAUCCAUUCACUCCUGGAGAUUUUGCCAAAAAACGCGUUUUCAAGCUAGUCGAGUGGUUUUCUGGUCACUGUCGUGCUAUAAAGAGCUAAAACUUACCACAAACCGGUUUACAGGUCGUACACUUCGCGGUCUUCUGAUCCAGAUGCAAAAUAUCAGCUUGCGAAGUUCGUGCAUGCGCAGAAAGCAAAAUUUCGAGAUAGUUUUUGGGUUUAAAAGUGACACAGCAGUCUUGACUUUUACUUUUCGCUUUCUCUCCUCCCUUCUUUUUUCGCUUUUCUUGCCUCAUUUUUUUUUCUCUUGCUGGGCAUUUAGUAGGCUUCAUUUUGGUGGGAAGAGUUUUUAGGAAAGCUUUUAGGAUCUUAGGAUUAGGUGAAAGGAAAGGUAGGUGGGCAAUGGAACAAGAUUUUCAUGGAGAUUUUCAGGUCAAUGUCACGUGGUUUUUUGCUUCUUUCUCCGGUGUCCUUGACUGAAUUGUGCUCAUUCUGGUAUGGUUUGAAAGAUCUCUUCACUCUGCACAAGUUAGCGAAGAAGGUUGACCUUGACCGUUAAAACUGAUGACGUCACAAAGGGUAGAAAGGACCUGGAUCGGCACGGGUGGUUACGGGCAGUUCAGGGGCGAAUGGGUUAAACAAAUCCUUCCCCCAAAAUGAAGCUGCGCUGACUAGUCCAAAAAAUAAAAUUUGAUGUGUCACAGCAUUAUGGCACUUAAAAUAGGGCAAUGAAAGCUUUCUUUUCCCUGUUCCCUGUUUCAGGAGGUAGCGUGGCCGAGUGGUCAGCGCGUCGGACUCGCAAUCCGGCGGUCCCAGGUUCGAGUCCCACUCUGGCCACUUGCUGGAUUUGUGCUCGGUCAUCCCGAGUUCAAAUUUUCGGCCACGCUUGUAAAUAGCCAACUGGUCGCCUUCUGCCAGUUGGGAUUUUUAAUCCUGUUAUGUUGUAUUUGAGUUAUUUGUUUCUAAAUAUUUGAGUGGAGUGCCUGUAAAUUAGCUGGACAAGCUAAGUGCAAUUUCCACUAUAAACAAGCCUUUAACCUUUUUUUUUUUUUAAUCUUAUUUGGUUGAGGGAUGAGAAAGGGUUCUGACUGUUAGAGUUGUUCGCUGAAUAUAUCACAUUGUGUAAUCCCAGAAAAUAUCCAUACUUACCCCAUGUAGGGGAUUGUGCUGAGCUCAAAAUGGGGAGCAUCACUAGAGUGUCAGUUCUCAGUUUUUGUUCCUAGUUGAUAUCAAGUACUUAUGGUCCAUGUUUAAUUAUUUGAAGGAACAAAGUCCAGUAGAGUGCAGUGCAAGCAGGAACAAACGAUUGCGGAGUUUGCCCCAGGAAGAAAAUACAGCAGAUAAUGGGGAGUCCCCUGGUGGUGUUGACUUAGCUGACCAUGAAAAGGACGAUAUUGAAGAGGAGGAAGAGGAUAACAAAAGAAAGGUAUAACAAAAGCUGUACAUGCAAAUUUUAAAUAUUAAAUCUGUUGACACAAAACCCUUUGGACUGAACAUCACAAGGUAUCAGCCUUUUUUCAAUUUUAUAAAAUUACAACAGCUAUCAAAGAGGAAGUUUCUCCUUGGCUACUAUCAGGGACUGCAGAACAUAUUUUGGUUCAGAUGGGCUAACUUGCAUGUAGUGUGAGCUUAUCUACGUGGGUCAGAUAACAUGUUUCCCUAUAGCCUGAGAAAACAGCCAACAUUUUGUGAUGCCACCACUGGUUUCCCCACGAAGCUAGGCACGAAAGCGUUGCCAAUCAGAUGGUCUACGAUUCAUUUCAGUUUGAAAUGUUUUAAUAUCAAAACCUACAGGCAGUUACAAGUAAGGCCACAUUUUGUAUCAUCUCAAAGUUUUUAGAAAAAAUGUAGUUUUUAAGGUGGUGCAGUGGUUUUAAAGCAACUUUAUUAAAAGCAUGUUUUGCAAAAAUACGUAAAUACUGAUCCUUCACAAAGUGAAUUAUGCGCAACAGUCUACAGGUCACAGAGUUUAAAUUUUGUUCGCGUAUCAGUCAAGGUAAAUCUUUAUCAUUGAUUCUUGAAAAUGCUCAAGAAUUUUGGCAUGAUACUUACAGUGUUUAGGCCAUCGCACGCUACAAGAAUCACAUAGCACGCGAUGCAAUUCACGUCUCGUGAGAGGGUGGUAAUUUACUUUUGAGUGGUACUGUAAAUCACAGACACCUCUGGCAACUGGGAGCCUAUUAGGCAGCAGCCUUGAGUAUGGAAUUUCUGUCCUCGUUCCUCAGAUAUCAUUUUUGCAGGGAAACCAGUUGUGGCAUCGUGAAUUGUGGGCUGUUUCUCUCGGGCUAGUUUACCCAGGAAGAUAUGAAAACUAGAGCAUCUAAAAUCACAAGAAACAAAUUCAUGUCUAUCAAUCAUGUGAAAAUUUUGUCAAAUUCCUUCAACAUUCUGGAUAAAAAUGUACAUUUAACAAACAGAAUUGCGUUUGCUCUGAACCCAAAGAUUAGAAAUACUUCUGUAAAUGCAAAAAAGAACUUCCUGGUGAAACUUUUGGUGGUGCUACGAUGUAUAGCCCACCCAGCCCCAUAGCUCUGCAAUCCCAGACCAUGAGCAUGAUUCCUGGCUACUUUCAUUGGAAACAAAAGGAAACUAUCUGAGUCAAAAGACCUUUAAUUCCUAGAUGUUCAGAUCCCCAGGUAUUAAUAUUGCAUUUAUCCAGCAGCUUGAAAUUUUUACAACUACCCCGGAUGACUUAUUACUCUGUUUUUAAGGAAAGCAACUCCCUGCUCAACUGCACUAUCAAAAUAAUUCUUGUGUGCUGAAGUUUCUGACAAACUGAAAAUUUCUACUGUUUAUUUCAGGGUUUGAAGAGGAAACGAGGUAGCAAGCCUCCUAAACCAAAAGAACCUUCAGAUCCCAGUCAGAUGACUAUGCAACACUUAAUUUACUUCAAUCCCAAGACUAACCCUAUGAGGUAAAUCAGUCAGUUGUGUUCUGGCAUAAAAUAAAUAUAAAGAACAGAUUUUGUAGAUCCUCAGGGUGUAAAAUCUUCAUUUUUUUCUAAAUCAUAGAUUUUGUUCAUGUACAACAUCUUUCCCGUUGAAGCUCUCGUAAGUGGACACUCUUGAAAAGCAUAAAGGAUGUUGGUAACGAGCUGGCCACUUAAGGGAAUGUAGAAAUACGGAGUGUGUAUGGGAGUGGACAAAAAUGGGGUUUUGUGGAGACGCUUUAAGUAGAGCUGUCUGCUUUCGAGAUUGUCUGUUAGGAGAGCCUCCACUGUACGCACAUUCUUAUUGGCAUAUAGGUAGCUACACCCCUGAGAACAAGCUGAGACUCAAGUUUUUUCAAGCCCUGUUUGUAACACCAAAAAGUAAACUGGAAAAUUUGGCUUGUGAUACUAUCCAAGCUUGCCUUGGAUAGAAAAGACACUUGCAGAUAUCUUAUUCAAGGUGGUAACAAAUGAUGGCUUGCUCAAGGUUCAGUUUUGGUAAUUUAAGCUGAGUUGAGGAGAGGUCAGCGUAACAUGUACUGUGUAGAGUUCCAUUUGUUAGGUCAAUGGCAGGAAAGCCUACUGAGAUGUAGAAAUAUUGCAAUUAAGUUAUCACUUUAUUCCAAUAUGUAUUUACCAUAUGUGACUAUUUUCUAUUCUUUUUUGUUUGUAGUUCAACUGCAGCAGGAAGAAAAAAGAAAAAUGAUGAGAAAAGAAAAAGCAGCAAAGGAAAUUCAAAGUGAGCUUAAUAUAAAGUAGUUCAACAGGGUAAAAAAUAAUGAAAUUAUUCAGGUUAAAAAUUGAUUCCAAAAUGGUAAGGCUGAUUUCCCUGUUGGGAAUAAAACAAUUAAACCAAAAAAAGUUAUUGCGAAUUGGUGAUUACCUGCAGUGCACAGAUUUCAACGGGUUGAUACACACUUUAAUUUGGGAUUGUCUUUGCUAUAUAUACAUCAGUGCAAGGCUCUGUAGUGGAAGAUAGGGCAAAAUAGAGGUCAAGAAUGUGUAACGAGACAGGAAAAUAUGAAGCAGAAGGGAAAGCCUGUAGAGAAUUUAAGACUUGAUUCCACACCCACCCUCUUGUUGUUAUCCUGCUAAAAAGAUUGUGAUCUUAAGUUAGAUGCACUGCCAGAUUAUAAUGUCAUGUGAGAAUGAUAAAACUUUGCAUAACAGUCCUGCGUUGGGGACAGUCAAGCCCAUUUGUGAAUUUUGUAGGUUUUUGAGGUGUUAUACAUCAUAAAAACUUGCACAACUUGUGGAUGCAUAAUUUAGGAAAAAGCAAAAAGAGCAAUAAAAUCUCUGACAGCUGAUGACAGGUCUGUCAUUAAGAGCCGGGGCCGGGGAUUUCCCUCAGCUUCUAUGAAUGUGGUCCCUAGUUACUUUCAUCGGAAAAAAGAAGAAAAGUAGAACCAAAAGAAAUCCCUAGCUGUUUGAUUCCCCACCUGUUGUAUUUAUCCGGCAACUUGAAAUCUUAGUGACGACCCUGUGAUGUGUGCAAGUCGUUCACCUUGCUCACUUGAUUGAAAAAAGCAAAUUGGUUUGCAUUAUGUAGUGCCUCCAGCAGUCCAGUCUCUUGAUCGAGUGAUAAAGAAAUCACAGUUUCACCACCAACUCUUUGCUACCAAGCAAUGAAGCAUAAAGUGGUAGCUGUGCUAAUUUCAACAGACUUCAUCACAAAACUCAUAACCAUAAAUAAGUUUUAGGUCAUACCAAAAUAAUUAAAAUAACAACUUGCUCCCCACCUUAGAAAUGUCUGUACAAUUUUUGCGACUUUGGGGGGUAUAGAAUGUAUCUUCGCUUCCUUUAGAUGAAUCACUUUCAAACUUAGCAAGUUUGCUAGCAUUAAGACACUCUUUUCAGCAGUGUCAACAAAUUUUCACCAAACAAUCCUCAUCAAAACUUUUUAAAAAACCUGGAAGGGUCUAAUGUUUAAUAAUUAAUGAGUUCUAUAACAAUUUUCUUUAAAAUAUUUGAAACUAAGAGUCACUGUCUCAUCGGUCCAUUUCAGAAAUAAAGAGCCAGCGGGAGAAACUAGUGCUGCAAUCAAUCAAGAAGCCGACAGUGGGUCACCAACGAGAACAAAUCAACAACAAAACAGCAAAGAGACGCAGGGAGAUGAUGAAGCUGAUGCAAGUACUACUGUAGCCCCACGUGUCAAGCUUGAUGCUGAUGGAAACAUAAUUGUGGAUGAAGAAAGGUGCCAGCCAACUGUAAAAUUGCUUUGUUUUCUGAAAUUGAAAAAAAAAACUGUUGAUUUAAGUAUUCUUUCUGCAGUUCCCAAUUACAAGAAUUUUGGCCUCUCAUUGCUGUUUCAGAGAUUCUGACAUUUAAUAAAUAGAUUCCAUGUUGCCGAGCAUCUGUUCAGUAAUAGAUCACAGAUGACGUCAAAAUGUGGUGACAACAAAGAAGUGGCAGGCAAGUGUGAGUCACUGAUGUUUUUUCCACAUUUUGACGUCUUCUGUGAUCUAUUACUGGACAGACCCCCUGCACACACCUACCACAUACCGCUUGACCUGUUCGAGGGUCUGUGCUAGUUUAAGCUUUUUUUAAUUCCCAAUUUAAUUCUUUAUCCUACUUUUAUAUAGUUUCUGUGAAAAGUUUUUCAUUGCCUUUCCUUGCUCAAAGCAGAAAAAAAGUGAAAACACUUUGCAAAACAGUGGGUCUCUUGUAGUGAUGACACACAAUGGCAACUGUAGUGAAGAUUUCUUCAUGCUGUUUAGGCAUUCUCAAGUUGUCAAGAACUCCUCAAAAAAGCUCCUCCUACAAGAGUUUAGCUCGUGCUGAACUUUUUUUAGGCUUUCACUUGCUUAAUCUGAAAUAACGCACAAACAUUUUCAAAACCACGUGCGUAGUAUCUAUAACAUUAAAGCCGCAUGCAAAUGGACACGACAUCGUUGGAUUUUCCAUGUUGUGUCCUUUGCACAUGCUGUUGUAUGUCAUUGCGUGUUGUUGGGAGUUGUUGUGCAAAGUUUGAAACCGGUCAAACGUUUAGCCAGAUCCAAAUGGACACAACAACUCCCAGAAUUGUUGGGUCAACAAUGUUGGGAGUUGUUGUGUCUAUUUGCACAAAGCUUUAGUAACGAACUUCUGUUGUGUUGCAGUCUUUUGAUUCCGAAGGCACCUGAGGAAAACCUUGCUGAACGGUGAGUUGUGAGAAUUGUUCUCUAACCAGCUAUGUUUCUUGAACUCUUGCUUGUUUCUUAAUUUUGAGCAGCACAUCCAUUAGAGAACCCUGUACCCACAGACCAAGUUCACCAUUAUCUCAGUUGAAAGGAAUUAAAAAGUCAGUUGGAAAGUUAUGCAGUCACUUAUAUUAGAUUCUAUUUUAGUAAUAACAGUCUUGCUUUGUCGUAGUGAAAUUGUGUAUGAAGAUGCAGAUGAAGUUAACUACCUUUCAUACUUGAAACCAAGAAAGGUUGGAAGAUGGUCACUUGAAGGUAUGCUCAGUUCUGUAAAAUUAAGUAGAAAUCAGCCAAUAGAUAGAAGAUCUCAGUGGAGGUCACACAGGGAAAAGCUUGUUUAAAGUCUUUAUUAUUAAUUUUUGACAUUCAAAAUCCCCACAUAUUGAAGUCCAUAUAAGAGCCGUUCAAUUUUAAAUUUUUAAUUUAGGGCUCUGAAAGCCCUUGAUAACUUGGUGCUUGUCAUACAACUUUGAAAAUUUGUAUUUUGACUGUUUCCACAAUCAGGACAAAAAAAAUGAUUUGAUACACUUCACCCUAUCAACUGGGUUUUUCUAUGUUUUACUGACUUCAAAAGAACGAAAUAUAACUUUUCCUCCCCCAUCCCCUCCAUGCAAUGUUGUGCCAGUGUUCGAGCUACCUUUAGAAAACAACAAACACCCCAACUUUGAAUGGAGGGGACAGGGGAGGGGUGUAGAUUCUUUUGUUCUCUGAAGUUAUCCUAUUUGAGUACAAUGUCUCAACAAUUUUGUCACCAGUUGUAGAUUUUCAGGAGGUUUUAUACUUGUUUUAUUAGGCAGAUCUCCUUUAAACCCGUGCAUGAUACUAAUACCAUCAGCUCUUGCCUUGUGGAUACCCCGCUUUAACAGACACCCCUAUAAUACAGACAGCAGUUAAUCCCUGGCAAAAACAAAUUACAUAUGUUUGACUGAAAUAAACUCUCGCUUAUUACAGACUCUCACUAAUGAGGACACUAGAGCGAGGUCCCUACAGUGUCCACUUAAGGGAGUUGACUGUGUCUGUGUGGUUUUGUAGUGCAUAAGGACUUGAAAAGAACUUAUGUCCUUGAAAUCUCUUGGUCCAACGAGCAACACAUAGUAGACUGAAUGGAGGAUCUGGAUGCAUGAGAAAAUUUGACAUGACUAACUGCCUUUAUAUCCUUGAUGAAAACCACAUUUAAACCCUUCAAACUGAAUAGAGACCAGUAAGUAUGCCAAACAACACAGCAGUUUUCAGUCCCACUUCUCACCCUACAACCUGAAAAUAUUCAAGAGCCACUGUUUCUUCUUGCAGAGACACAGAAGUUCUACAAAGCAUUAAGUCAAGUGGGAACUGACUUUGGCUUGAUGCUGCCACUUUUUCCCAACAGAAUAAGAAAAGAGCUCAAGGUUUGUUCUAUAGUUCCUCUUGUCCAGAUGCUGUACUUUGAAUGGGGGUGAUGCCAAGUUAGUACACAAGGAAACAAAAAAAAUGGCCACAUUGUUACAUGUUUCUUCCCACGUGGCCUGCAAAUACAGAGCUAUGUCUGAGUGGUCAGGGGAGCUCAGUGACUGAUUUUUGUAAAACAUCUGUUCAAAAAAGCCAAUAUUAACCAGAAUUUUCUAUAGCUUGAAGGCUGCUAAAAAUUUCUAGAUGACUGUUCCCUUCAUGUAUGAUUUUUUAAGCUUAUCUAAUAAAUCCCCUAUGAUUUGCAUCCAAAAAAAAGUUUAGGAGCAAAAUAUGUCUAGAUUGGCAGGCCAUCUUCAGGGCUCUCUUUUGUUCCAAAACCUGUAAUAAUCUUUUUACUCAAUAACUUCUUGAAUUCACCGUGCAUGCUAGGGGUUUUUUAAAUAUCAUUAAUUUGUACCUCUGUCACCUCUCAGGCAAAGUUCAAGCUACUUGGCACACUCCCAAGUAGAUUUAACACAACAUGGAUGGUAUUAAUUUUAACAUUGUUCAAAUACAGAUACAGUGAAAACCUAUAAGUAAGGACCUACAUUUUUUGAGGUCUGGCAAAAAGGGUGUUCUUUAUUAUUUUGGCGUUAGUUUAUGGGCGAUUUAGGCGAGUAAGAUUCUUAAUUAGUAUCUUAAUUUCUAUGAAACAGAUUUUGUUCAUGACUACCAGGGGAUUGUACACGUAGGUUGAGAAUUGGUGAUAGCCAGUCUGCACACAUUGCACAGGCUGCCCAGGGUUUUGCAAAUUUUUUGUUCUUCCACAACAUCAUUUUGCUUUUUCGCUGAUUGUCCAUUGACAUUUUCAGGCCAAAUUCAAGCGAGAAGAAAAGCUACACAGAAGUUUGGUAGAAAAGGCUCUUCGUAAGUAAAAUUAGAAGGAAAGUAGCUAUUUCCUAAACUUCCGUGUUGUUAGAGAAUAUUUAAGAACACAGGCAUGAACAUAAAACCUUCAGUAUACAGAGAUGUGGCUGCAAAAAAAAUCUUUGCAUUUUACCAUGUCUUGUGACCAUGCUUCUUAAAACAAGUUGGCAUAUCAAUAUUCAUAUUGAUGAUCAUGAAGUAUUUCUUUAAUAAUUAAUUUCUCUUACAGGUGUUCGCAAUCCUAUUGAAGUGGAGUUGUUUACCCCUAAAGAUGACAGAGAAGAAAUCGAUGACGAUGUUGAUGUGGCAAGUACAGACAAUAGUAAUCCCAGUGAAGUGCUACAAAACAGUUUGGAAACAUGAAAUUUAAUAUUGCUUCUACUCAAAAUGGCCGUUUGAGCAUGUCAGAGGAACAUGAGACCAUGUGUCAUGCCUUAUUUCAGACAACUAGCAAGCUUAGCAGAGUCUAUUUUUUUUUUGGGAUCGAGCAUUACAGAUCUUUGUUUUGCUUUUGAUUCCACUACGUUUCAAGCUUUUAGAGUAAGGAAUACAGACAUAUUUUACA